AUGAAGAGAUUCAAAUGCUGCUUUAAAUACCCACUACAACAGAAAGUUUUCAUCUUGUUUUUGACUCUGUGGCUGUUCUCCAUAUUAAAACUUUUAAAUGUGGGAAGACUGCUCUUUCCACAAAGAGACAUUUAUUUAGUUGAGUACCCCUUAAGCACUUCACCUUUUGUGCGAAACAAAUACACCCACGUGAAGUAUGAAGACAAGUAUGACGUUAACUGUUCAGGUGUCUAUGAACAGGAGCCCUUGGAAAUUGGGAAGAGUCUGGAAAUAAGAAGACAAGACAUCAUCGACUUGGAUGAUGAUGAUGUGGUGGCAGUAACUGGUGAUUGUGAGAUUUAUCAGGCCAUAAGAAGGUACCAUCAGAAGCUUGUGUCAAAGGAGGAGAUGAGAUUCCCAAUAGCCUAUUCUUUGGUUGUUCACAAAGAUGCCAUUAUGGUGGAAAGGCUUAUCCACGCCAUAUAUAGCCCACACAAUAUCUACUGCAUCCAUUAUGAUCGGAAAUCUUCUGAUAGCUUCAAAAUUGCCAUGAACAAUUUAGCAAAGUGCUUCCCCAAUAUUUUCAUUGCUUCCAAGCUAGAAGUGGUGGAAUACGCUCACAUUUCCAGGCUCCAAGCGGAUUUAAAUUGCUUGUCAGACCUUCUCCGGUCUUCAGUGCAAUGGAAAUACGUUAUCAACCUGUGUGGGCAGGAUUUCCCUUUGAAAUCAAACUUUGAACUAGUGUCUGAGUUGAAGAAACUUGAUGGCACAAACAUGCUAGAGACGGUGAAACCCCCAGCCAGCAAAAAGGAACGAUUCACUUUUCACCAUGAACUCAGACAGGUGCCUUAUGAAUAUGUGAAGCUACCGGUGAGGACAAACAUCUCCAAGGAAGCACCCCCCCAUAACAUUGAGAUCUUUGUUGGCAGUGCUUAUUUUGUCCUAAGCCAAGCAUUUGUACAAUAUAUUUUCAACAAUUCCCUUGUUAAAGACUUUUUUGCCUGGUCUAGAGAUACAUAUUCCCCUGAUGAGCACUUUUGGGCAACGCUGAUCCGGGUACCAGGGAUUCCUGGGGGGAUUUCCAGGUCUGCCCAGGAUGUAACUGACCUGCAGAGUAAGACUCGCCUUGUCAAGUGGAAUUACCACGAAGGCUUUCUCUAUCCCAGUUGUACCGGCUCCCACCUCCGAAGUGUGUGUAUCUAUGGAACCGCAGAACUAAGGUGGCUUAUCAAAGAUGGGCACUGGUUUGCUAAUAAGUUUGACUCAAAGGUUGAUCCUGUGUUGAUUAAGUGCUUAGCAGAAAAGCUUGAAGAACAGCAGAAAGAGUGGAUCACUUUGUCCUCAGGAAAGGUAUUUAUGGAUAAAACUCCUGUGGUCCCCUUGUUUUGGAAAAAUCGUAAUGGAAACAAGAGGCUAUCUGAUUAG